AUGUUUUCGGAGUAUGCAUCUCGAUUUUUAGCCCAGUCCCAGUCGCGGCUCACCUCGCAACCUGACGGUAAUCGCACGCGAGGUGAUCGUCAUGGACGGCCACAGUCGAAUUUUCCUAGGUACAACGUCGCACGCGCGUACUUGACCCGAAACGAGAACCCUUACAAUCCUGCUGCCUCGCAAACUUCGAAUUUCCCCUUUUCGUCCAGAUCAUUCGCCCAACCCGCGCCCCUCUUUUAUAGCACCACCGAUGAGUUUCGAGAGGAAGACGACGAACACGAGCGUGAGCGAGAGGUUGCAGAUUACUAUGCCUUGCAAAAGUCACGCCGACAUUUUAGCAAUAGCCACAUGGAGGAGUCUUCCGAGCUCGACGACGACGACGAUGCCAUGCGGUCGCAGAACUCUCAGCCUGAAGGCGGACGAUAUUCUGGUCCUUUUGCAGGAAAUGGCAUCAAAAGCUCAUGGCGAGAUGAUACAAUCGGCGCCAAAUCUCGUGUUAUGGGAAUUCCAUCCAUAGCAAACGUGGACGAAGGGGACGAGCGUAGUGAGCCCGACGAGGAGGGCUCUGCUGGCAAAGGAAAAAUGGUUGACGUCGGGCUUGAUGAUCCGACGAGAACGGCAUUGGGCGAAUCAACCAACAGUGCUUCGAAUUUUAUUGGCAAUGAUGCUCCAGUCCAGAAAUUUCGCCGGCAGCCUGAGCUAUCGAGCAGUGACUAUAUGGAAGACCAAUCGACAUUCGCACCACAAGAUGACAAACAACAUCUGCUCCAACCGCGACGACCCUCUAGCUCUCAAGGGUCGUCAAGCAUCCCCUCUAUAACACAGGCAGAGGCAGAGGCUCCAGCACACGACGUUUUCUGGGGGCACCUUUUUCUGUUGUCGCUUAUCGGUCUAUUCGCAACGGCGUUCCUAGUAUACUUGCAUACGGCAGUACCUUCCGAUAGCAAAUGGAAGCUGGGCGAUACAAUUUAUACCACAAUCCACAAAUCUUACUUUUUGCUUGGCAUCUAUACCCUCAUUUCUGUUUUGGUCUCGUUAUUGUGGCUUGCUCUAUUACGCGCUUAUGUUCGAUUUCUUGUCUAUACUAUGAUUAUCGUUGUCCCGGUGAUUUUAUAUUCCUUUUCACUUUACCCCUUCAUCUCGAGCUUUAGUGGCUCUUGGAAAGGUGAGAGCAUCCAAGACAAAAUGAUGCGAUGGGGCUCUAUUAUACCGUUUAUCCUGUCGAAUCUCUGGGUUUACGCUGUUAUUCGCAACCGCCACGCGACUGGGAAGGCUAUCAGCAUCCUGGAGUUCGCAUGCCGAGUCUUGGCUGCAAAUCCAGCACUUCUUGCUCUUGGCCUAGUCACUCUAGCCAUCACCAUUUCGUGGACCUGGCUAUGGAUGAUCAUGUUUACCCGAGUCUUCCUAGCCGGACAUAUCGACUCGGGCUAUUUCGUGAUCAACGCCGGUAGCUGGUGGCUGGGGAUUUACUUUGUCCUUGUUUAUCUCUGGUCUCUCGGUGUUAUCGCUGGUAUUCAACGAGCUGUGACAGCAGCGACAGUGAGCCAGUGGUACUUCCACCGCUUAACAGUCCCGAACCCGACAUCUUCUCAAGUUGUGAAAGCUGCAAUCACCCACGCUGUGACAACACUUUUUGGCACGAUAUCUUUAUUCUCCCUUGUCGCCUUGCUACUCAGACUACCAAUCAUAGUUCUACCUCGACGCCUUUCAUCAAUCAUUGCGAUAUUCGCCUAUUCACUUAUCCCUACGCCUGUGGCAGCUCUCGUCAACCCACUGUCAUUGACAUAUGCUGCCAUCCACUCUCAACCGCUUGCCCAAUCAGCUCGCGGCCUCACCCAGUUGACCGUCUUUUCGUCGUUUACUACUUCAACGCUCUAUCCGCCAUCGAUUUCCCGAGACUCGGGUGACAAGUCUGCGUUGCUCCCAUAUCGACUGUCAAGAUUGAUAUUGCAUGCCUGUCGGUUCGCCAUGUCGUUGGCCCUCGGAUUCGGCGGAUGGGUAACCACAGCCCGCAGUCUCGACGUGGCUGGAAACAGCUCCAUUCGCGGAAGUUUGUAUGCCUAUGUUAUCGGGCUGAUAGCGUCUGCUAUCGGCUGGGGAGUUCUGGGUGCAAUGGAAAACGUACUCGCUUGUGUCGUUGACGCUGCCAUCAUGUGCUGGGCCAGCGAAGUUGGAAACUCCGGCCGAGAAGCUCGGUACUGCCGCGAGGCAGAAUGGCUAUUCCGAGACGGGGCUAUUUCAGGAAUGGCGGUCCCCGGUCGCUGGGACAAUGUUUGA